GACGUCGGAAGGUGGGAAAAGGAAAGAAUGUGGAGAGUGAAGACUGAAGUCAUGGAACUGUCUUUGGAAGUGCUGCAAGCUAACACAUUUGACAAUUUGUCCAGGUACUCACCUGUGUCGUUGCUGAAGACUUGGGUUACAGUGAAGCACUUCGCUCGGCGUGCUGCUGGACAAGGCGUCACCGGGGUUGUGUUUUGUCUUUGCGCUUGUUAUUCCCUUGCCGAAUUGCCUCGCUUUGCUUGGCAACCGAAGGCCAGAUAAGCUCCAACACGACUACGUGUUUUUCGGAUUGAAAUGCUAUGCUGUAGAGUGUAGGUAUUACAACCAGGUGGUCAAGGAUGACCGUAUUGUUUCGUGGAACACAGGUGAAAGCUUCUACCUUUGUCCUAAGUCCUUGACCGUCCGUACCGGGCGCUUAUUCACGCUAGUGAUUCCCGCUAGUGUAGUGCGCAGCUAGUGGUGGAUUCCAGUCCGGUGAAUAAGUGUGUGUGCGUGGUUUCAGGGCACUCGGCGAAGCUACAACUAUUAGUUCAACCAGUCCCUAGUUACCAGUCGGUGGCUGGCUCGUGCGCCAUGGCCGCUUCCUCCGCAUCCAGACAGGGCAGUGCGUGUUGGUCUUUGCAGGAUUUCCCUGCAGGGGCUAGCUGGCCAGUACAGAAAGAACUGACCAAUCUGGAUGGUGUUGGCAGUGUGUCGGUGGCCGAUAGUUACGGAUUUAUUACCGUGCUAUAUCGGUACGAACAUCCGGAACGUCCGCGCUACAACGACGACCGCGACGGUCUUCCGGUCCUGGAGGAAUGCAUGAGACGACUAAAGAAAUACCGUCCGUCGCUUGAUGUGCUGGCGGAAGCUCCGUCGCCGGAGUAUGAUGACAGUGCGUCGCUGAGCGAGCUAAUCCUGGUUGUGCGGGAUGUGCGCGACCACGGUGCAGCGCAUAGAAUUUGCUCGACUUUGCUGGACCUGAAUGGUGUGAAAAAGGUGGACAUCAGGUUGCGCAGUGAUCGCAUUAGCGUGGAGUAUGACCAUAGAAGUGUUCGUACUGAUGAAAUCCAGUCGUGCCUUGUGAAUCUAGGGUAUAUUGUGUAUGAGCCAAACAUAAUAUUAUCUUCUUCAUCGGAACAGAAGGGUAGCAUGGAUAGAGUGACAUUGCCAGUGGUGGGAAUGACAUGUUCUUCCUGUACAUCAGCUGUGGAAAGCGUCUUGACUAGCACCGUUGGCGUUGUGGAUGUUGUCAUCCAGUUAGACCCUGGCCAAGCGGCUAUUCGCUACAAGCCGGACAAUGUGCAAGUGCCCCAGUUGAUAGCAGCCAUUGAAGGCUGCGGCUUUGAUGUGCUGACAUGGCCGUCGAAUGCCGCGAAGACGGAGAGCACCGUUAUCGCAAUAGAAGGCAUGACAUGUUCAUCGUGUACAUCAUCUGUCACCGAGGCUCUUACCAGCCUUGCCGGAGUUGAACGUGUCCAUGUAGAAUUGACACCAGGACAAGCCACAGUAGAAUACUCGCCAGGUGAACUCAGUGUUGAUCAGCUCUGCGAGGCCAUCGAAAAUCGAGGAUUCGAGGCCACCUCUUCACAAGGAGAAAAACCGAAGCAGCUGAAACAGAGGCACUCGGCCGAUGUAGAGAAAUCAGCGGGUCUGGAUGAGCAGGACGGUGUGGUGGUACCAGCAGACAAUGAAGCCUCACUAGUUCUUCAUGUUGAUAACAUGACGUGUGCGUCCUGUGUUGGCAAAGUUGAACGGGUUCUCACAAAGCAAACAGGUGUGGCAUCUGCUCAGGUGGCUCUUCUGACAAAGAAAGCUGAGGUUGUCAUUGACAAGACGCUAGUCAGCAGUGCACAUCUGGAAAGUGUUGUCACUAAAGCUGGUUUUCCAGCGCAUGUAAUUGAACAACGGACAGGGAGAUCAAAGACUCUGCUCAUGACGGUGAAAGGCAUGACGUGUGCAGCAUGUGUCGCUCAAGUGGAGAAUCAGUUGGCGUGUGUUCCCGGCGUCUUCACUGCCUCUGUAGCACUAGCAACUGAACAGGCAUCGGUGGAGUAUGAUCCAUCUCGCACUGGGCCAAGGGCGUUAUUCAAAGCAGUGGAGGAUACUGGCUUUGUUCCAGCACUGUCAACAAGAGAAGAGAAGCUGAAAGCAUUGUCUCGUACCUCGGAAAUUCGAAAAUGGCGUGCAGCAUUCCUCCUGGCCUUGUUGACGGCUCUGCCAACACUAUUCAUAGUGAUUUUCCAUUAUCGAGGCUGCAAAUCUCGACGAGUUGUGAUCGGUCUGUCGGUUCAUAAUCUGCUACUGUGGAUACUGAGUACAAUUGCCCAGGCUGGUGUUGGACACAUCUUCUAUAAAUCGGCGUAUCUUUCUGUUCGGCACCGCGCAAUUAACAUGGAUUUCUUGAUUAUGCUGGCUACAUCCAUCUCAUAUUUCUAUUCGGCCAUUGUCCUGAUCAUAUGUAUGGCAGCCCACUUCAAUAGCACGCCACGCACAUUCUUUGAGACCGGCCCAUUGCUGCUAGCCUUUGUAUCGCUAGGACGAUGGUUAGAACAUGAGGCAAAGCGUAAAACAUCCAGCGCGUUGGCAAAGUUGUCAACCCUACAACCUGCUGAUGGUGUUCUACUACACUAUAAUGCCGAUGGCUCGCUUGAGAAAGAGGAAAUAGUCCGUGUUGAGUUGCUGCAGGAGAGAGAUAUUCUCAAGGUGAUACCUGGCUCAAAGAUACCGGUGGAUGGCAUCGUGAUCAACGGGGAGAGUCUUGUUGACGAAAGCAUGCUGACGGGUGAGUCCAAGCCCGUUUCAAAGACCAUUGACAGCGAGUUGUUUGGCGGGACUGUCAACCAACACGGGCUAUUGAUUAUGCGUGCUAGGCGUGUUGGAGACGACUCAGCCAUCGCCCAGAUCAUCCGCCUUGUUGAACAAGCCCAGACGUCAAAGGCUCCCAUUCAACGGUUGGCAGAUCGCAUUGCUGGCGUAUUCGUACCAUUCAUUGUGUCAAUGUCUACUCUGGCAUUUGUAGUAUGGCUUGUAGUGGCGUUGGCAAACAUCUCUAUACCAAUGGAUCUAUAUGAAGGGUGCCAGCUACCAACGGAGAAGCCACCCGGACUUGUUGGUUCUGCAUUCAGUGUAGCAUUCCUAAUGGGAAUAUCAGUGUUAUGUGUUGCUUGUCCCUGUGCUCUUGGCCUGGCAACACCUACUGCAGUCAUGGUGGGUACCGGAGUAGGAGCCGAGAAUGGCAUCUUGAUAAAGGGCGGUGAACCAUUGGAAACAGCACAAAAGGUGACAACCGUCGUGUUCGACAAAACUGGUACACUGACAGCAUCCAGACCCACUGUCCAGACCGUAGUUCAGUUUUCUGAUAAAGUGUCAUUCAGCAAGGAGUUCUUAUUGGCAGCUGUGGGAACUGCGGAGUCAGGCAGUGAACACCCGAUUGGAAAAGCCAUUGUUGAUUCAGCCAAGGAUGUUCUUGCAGUGGAGACACUUGGUACCUUGGAGAAGUUUGAUCUGACUCCUGGCAAGGGCGUGGACUGUUCCGUGUCAGGAAUCGAGGACUUAGUGGCUGUUGAUGAGGUUGACAGUGCGAGAGCUCGUCCGCUUGCCAGUUCAGACGACGGUGUUGUAAUCCAUCAUGUCGUGGUGGGCAGUCGCAGCUGGUUACAGAGCCAUGGUCACACAUUGUCAUUCUAUGCCGAUCAUCAACUCAAACAGUAUGAGAACUACCAGUCUACCGUCGUGCUUGCCGCAAUCAAUGGCCGUUUGGCUGGAGCAUUUGUUCUGAGCGUUGCCGUGAAGCCAGAAGCUGAGGCUGUAGUGGCCAUGUUGAAGGAUAUGAAUAUCAAGGUGAUGAUGGUAACUGGUGAUAACCGCCGCACUGCUAAUGCCUUGGCAAGUCGGAUUGGUAUUCGAGACGUCAAAGCUGAGGUCCUUCCAAGUGAUAAGGCAGAAGUAGUAAAAGGCCUUCAGAGUCGAGGAGAAGUGGUCGCUGUUGUCGGCGAUGGGGUUAAUGAUUCACCAGCCCUAGCUCAAGCUGAUGUCGGAAUAGCUGUAGGAACUGGAACAGAUGUUGCUAUUGAUGCUGCAGACAUUGUUCUGAUACGGGAUGAUCUUGGUGACGUGGUCAACGCCAUUGACCUAAGCCGACAGACGGUGCGCCGUAUCCGUAUCAACUUUGUCUGGGCAGUUGUGUACAACGUGAUUGCCAUCCCUAUAGCUGGUGGUGCUUUCCUGCCAAUCGGACUCUAUCUUCUACCUUGGAUGUCGAGUGCCGCCAUGGCUGCUUCCUCGGUGUCAGUGGUUUGUUCAUCACUUCUUCUCAAGUUGUACAAGCCGGUGACAGCAGGAAAGCUGGAUCAUCGACGACGGCACUCCUUCGUGAAAUGGGUGUGCCUCCUAUGCCACGAUGACAGACAUACGUAUCAGAUGCUUGAGUCCGACGAUGAUGAGGAAAGCUAAUUAUGUCGAUGAGGAAAAGCUAAUUGUGUCGAUCAGGACAAGCUAAUUGUGACGAUGAGGAAAGGCUAAUUGUGACGAUGACAAUGGCAAUGAGGAGAGGCACACGCCUCUUGCUCUCUUCUUCAAGUCACAUGAGGUGUUGUGUACACGCCUCUUGCUCUCUUCUUCAAGUCACAUGAGGUGUUGUGUGUGCGAGAGUGUUCUGUGACUGUUCUAGUUGUCCUGGUGGGCAUGCUGAACAGCAGCAAAGCACGGAUGGCAACUAUGUUAAAACGAAAAGACAACUCUUCCUGGACUGGAGCCCCCACCGAAGUGAGUGACUUUGGCGGCGGUCCUUAGAGACUUGGCUUCAUGUGAUUUAUUGGUGAAUAUUCUUCUAGUGCAACAAUGCGGUGAUGUAUGUCCCCACUAUCUGUUUUCUAGGUUGCUAUCUCAGUUUGAGUUCUGCCCAGACCCUAAGUUUAUGCAGCUAUGCAUGUAGCUGCUGCAAUUCUGCUUUCCGACUAGCGUUGGGAGUGCUGUGCUAUUGCUGAGCCCUGUAGUGAUUUUCCUCUGAAUAUUUAUUUGAAAGUUUGUGUUGUCUAUUCAGUUGUUACUAGUACUGACAAGUGUUUAGUAGCAGGAGUGCGGCUUUCUGCAGCUUCAUCAUCUAGGAAAGGGGAGAGAAAGAAAGUGCCCGCGCUUCCUUACAUGACCGCAACAAGCUCGUGUCGCCGUUUGCAGUGCUGGUCGCAUCGUGGAUCUGAGCCACAGUGAAUGUGUGUUCUUGGGAACACUUUCUCUUGUGUUGCCUGCAUGGACAGUGCCCUACUUGCAAUGCAGAAACAUCGUACUGCUACCAUUACCAGCUGUCAUAUUGAGUGUACUUGGCUAUUCUUGUUUGGCCCAAUUCAAUCAGCUGUGAUUUUUCAUUGUCCAAGUUUUCUAUCGUGAACUUA